GGAAUUUAUUUCCGUUUGAACUGUAGAAUGUCAAAUGAUAAUCAUGCAUAUGUGGACACAAUGAGUCCUUCCUGAUGAAUAUACUUUCCCAUUUGAUAGAAAAAUAAAAGAUUUCCAAUGUUGGAUGACAAUACAGAAGACAUAGCGUUAAAUUUUGGAGAUGAAACACAAGUGAAAAAGAAAAAACUAAGACAUCCCGUGGCUGCUUUUUUUCACAUUAUAUUUCGAUUGAGCGCACUUAUCUUCUACUUCAUCACCAACCUAGUCACCAGUAGUUUCGUGACUGGCUUUGUAAUUAUUAUCCUGCUGUUGUCUUUUGAUUUUUGGGUGGUGAAGAAUGUAACCGGGAGACUGUUAGUUGGUCUGCGAUGGUGGAAUUACAUAGACGAAGAUGGUAACAGUCAGUGGAUGUUUGAAGCGAAGAAGCUCACUAUUUUUGUGGCUAUAUCACUCACGUCAGCUAACUUAGUUGGAUAUGUCAAAUUCAAGAAGGAUUCUGGGAAAGAAAUGAAAUCUAUGGCUGGAAACUUUUUAGGUCGACAGAUUUUUAGUCAGAUGCUAUCGAAGACGAGUACUGAACCUACAGACAAAUAAAGAUGGUGUCGUAAGAACACGGGUGCGUGGUGUAAAAACACAGGUCAUAGUGUAAAAACGCAGGUCACGAUGUAAUCUUUUUUGUAACUUAUUUAUACAAUAUGAGGAUAUAUUUUAAAAAAUGA